AUGCUUAUGGUGCAGGUGCUUUCAAGGAAGCAUGUGCGAGAAGCACCCAAAAGCCUUCUCAGACCCAUGUCCUUGGAUACAGAGCAUGACCCAGAACGUAAAGAGGAUGUGCUCGUUGUCCUGACCUGCUUUCGGGAGUCGAAAGAGGAGCUCGCACACAGCGUCAGCACACUCAGUGGCACCCAGGCUGCCCGCUUGAUGGUGUUUGUGGAUGGUUUGCAGAAUGUCAGCGUGGAUGAGACGCCCGUGCCAAAGGAUGUGGCGACAUUGGCGUCUCUUUUGGCCCUGUUGCCUUCGGGCUGCGUGCUGCGAGAGCACGGCUGCGUGUGCAUCCGUGGUGAGAUUGAGGAAGGCGUUCCUUACGAGAUGUACGUCAAAGGCCCAGACUGGCCCCAGUCAAAGCGUGCUAGUCACGCGUUGUGCAUGUCUAUUCUACAUGCCGAUUCUGAUUGUGGCCGCCCCAACCCCAAAGCUGUUCUUUUCUUGGACGGCGACUGCCGUGUCGAGCCCACGCACCUGGGUGAGAUGUUCAGAUGCUUGCAAGAGCAGGACUUGGCGGCGUGUGGUCCUUGGCCAGUGCCGGAAAAGGUUCAUAGUUUCUGCCUGCUGGCACAGGCCGUGCGAGAUGUUAUCACGCAUCCUUUGGGCUGGAUGGGCCAGAAUCCCGCGGGCUCCUGCGCGAUGUAUUCCAUCGAGGCGGUGAGGGCAGUGCAGUCCGACUAUUGCGAUGGCGUCCGUGAAGAAUCGGUGCUCGAUUCGAUGAUGAUUGAGAAUGGAGAGGAUGCUUCCUUUACAACUGCACGAUAG